AAGGUGAAGUCUUAGGACUGUAAACAAUGCAAUAGUCAGAGACUCGUCAAUAUCAGGAGCCAGCUGAUCGUAGAUUUCAGAGCGGUGGUAUUGAUUUUCCUUUCUGUAUAUGAUGCUGGUGGUCUGUGCCGGCUCUCACUAUCUGUGGGCUUUUUUCUAGUGACGUGAGGACUGGAGACUUUUCAGCCAUCAUGCUCUCUCUAUUUAGUGACACAUCAACAAUGUUCCUGAACACACUGACUCCCAAGUUCUACGUGGCACUGACUGGGACUUCCUCCCUAAUAUCAGGACUGAUUCUGAUAUUUGAAUGGUGGUACUUCAAGAAGUAUGGAACCUCCUUCAUAGAGCAAGUGUCACUGAAUCACAUAUCCCCCUUGCUGGGUGGCACUGACAACCCCAACCCAGAGAACAACAACAGCCCAUCCUCAUCCUCGUCAUCAAAUUCCACACACCAGCAGUCUAUGCCAGAAUGCAAGGUUUGGAGAAAUCCCCUUAAUUUGUUCAGGGGAUCAGAGUACCAGCGAUUUACCUGGUCUAAAGGUAAAGAACCACUGACUUAUUACGACAUGAACCUCUCAGCCCAGGAUCAUCAGACAUUUUUUACAUGUGAGGCAGACGCUGGAAAACCAGAGUAUGAAGUUAUGCAGAGAGCCUGGAGAGAGCGAAAUCCGGCAUCCAGAAUCAAGGCGGCUAAAGACGCACUGGAUAAGAACCCCGAAUGUCCAACAGCCAUGAUUUUACUGGCAGAAGAGGAUACAAGUUCCAUAGUGGACGCAGAGAAGAUGUUUAAACAGGCCUAUAAAGCUGCUGAAGUGAAUUACAAAAAAUCUAUACAGACCCAACAUCAAAGUUCUACACAGGAGUCCAUUCAUCGGCGAGAUGUCAAUGUUUUAGUUUAUGUAAAACGAAGACUGGCCAUGUGUGCUAGGAAAUUAGGUCGGACGAGAGAAGCCGUUAAAAUGAUGAGAGAGCUCAUGAAGGAGUUCCCUAUGCUCAACUUAUUCAAUAUCCAUGAGAAUCUCAUUGAUGCUUUAUUAGAAUUACAAGCGUAUGCUGAUGUUCAAGCUGUUUUAGCCAAAUAUGAUGAUAUAAGUUUACCGAAGUCAGCGACGAUAUGUUACACAGCAGCAUUACUAAAGGCCCGAGCCGUGGCUGACAAGUAUAUUUCUUGUUCCAGAUUUUCACCAGAUAUCGCCUCCAAGCGAGGCUUAAGUACUGCAGAAAUGACAGCUGUUGAAGCUAUACACAGAGCUGUGGAGUUCAACCCUCACGUCCCAAAAUAUUUACUAGAGAUGAAGAGUCUUAUAUUGCCCCCAGAACACAUUUUAAAGCGGGGAGACAGUGAAGCAAUAGCCUAUGCGUUCUUUCAUCUGCAGCAUUGGAAGCGAGUGGAGGGGGCCCUUAAUCUCCUCCACUGUACAUGGGAAGGAACAUUCAGAAUGAUCCCCUAUCCUCUGGAGAAGGGGCACCUGUUUUACCCCUAUCCUACCUGUACAGAGAAUGCAGACCGAGAGCUCCUUCCUCCUUUUCACGAUGUAUCGGUUUACCCUAAGAAAGAGUUGCCGUUCUUCAUUCUCUUCACCGCUGGUCUCUGCUCUUUCACAGCGCUGCUAGCUCUGCUGACUCACCAGUACCCAGAGCCCAUGGGGAUCAUCGCGAAAACGGAAAGAGCUGUUCCUAUUAAUCCAGUGCAGUUCUGCCAAGGCAAAAGAUCCCAUCCUUUACAGCUAUAUGCUGCAUCUUUGGCUAUUGUCUUUUUAGCUCACAUCCUCACUUGGUUGUAUAUGCCCGUCAGCUACAUCCUGGAAAAGCUAGAAGCCAUCUUGCCAUCCAAUCUUCUCCACCAGCUGUCUCGCAUCUAAUCACCAUAACAACGCUCCAGAUGCAACUAAUGGAAGUGGAGUGUUUCUGUUAUGGCAUUUAAGAAAGCUAAAAAUAAUUCACAGAGAAAGUUAUGCCCAGUAACAGGGUAUUUGAUAAACUAAUGGUGCAAUUUUAUUUUUAUUUUUUUUUGCUCACAGUUUACGAUUUUUGCAAACUGUUUUCCUGCGACUAUUUAUAGGAGUAAUUUCUUAAACUAAUCAUGUAUGAAAUUCUUGAUGAACAAUUUGUUAUGAGAUUUUAAAGGGUAUAACUACACUGUAUUGAUGUAUUACCACAAUGUUUGUUAUUCUGUAUUUCAACAUAUCAGAAUUUCUGAUUGGAGAUUUGUUUUCUUGUUUUUAAUUUGAGGGUGGGUGGGUUGUUUUUGGAGGGACAAGAACUGCAUGCAGAUUUUUUUUUAAUUAAAAUAUUGAUUAUGUUAUCAUACUAUCCUGAGUGAAGUCUUAGUCUGUGUUCAUUCAAUUCCACAAUCCCAAACUUAACAGUCACAGAAAUUUAAUUCCACAAUCCCAAACAUUGCAUUCAGUCACAAAUUUAAUUCCACAAUCCCAACAAUCCCAAACGUUACAUUCAGUCAAAGAAAUUUAAUUCCACAAUCCCAAACGUUACAUUCAGUCACAGAAAUUUAAUUCCACAAUCCCAAACAUUACAUUCAGUCACAGAAAUUUAAUUCCACAAUCCCAACAAUCCCAAACAUUACAUUCAGUCACAGAAAUUUAAUUCCACAAUCCCAACAAUCCCAAAUCUUACAUUCAGUCACAGAAAUUUAAUUCCACAAUCCCAAACUUAACAGUCACAGAAAUUUAAUUCCACAAUCCCAAACGUUACAUCCCAUCACAGAAAUUGGAAGGAAUUCAGUAAGACCAUGGCAGCUUUAGAACUAGUCAUCUAACAUGGGAAUGAUGUCUGCUGAUUACUGUUUGAAUUCUUUUAGAAUGUCGUUACAUGUUACAAGAUAUUACCUGGAUAUGUAAGAGGAAUGGAUGGCUCUGUUGUUCAUGAGAAUGGUUUGAGGGUAGAGAACGUUACCAAGUCCAAUUCAUAACUUAAUGCUGUGCCCAGUUAUUCUACAAUGAACUACAGAUGUUUAUACACUUAAGUGGCAAAAAAAUUUCAGCAUUAUCAAGACAUUUAUUUGAUGCAGUGUUUGUAAAUUAUCUUUAAAAUGUUAAUUGAGUCCUCUCUUGCGAUUAGGAAUGGUUUGGCUUGUAAACAUCAGACUGAUUUUUUUACGGCCAUAUUAGAAUGUUGAUUACAUUUAUAUUGCCAUUUGAUGGGGAUUAAAACUCCAUGGCCGAGAAAUUCGUUUCUCCCACCUCUUUUUAUUUUUCAAACAAAAUUCUACCCUAUCAAGGCUCUGUGACACAUCCAUUGGUUCUGAGGUGGUAUCUGCAUUGUCUUAUGAAAUUAAUACAGGCACCCAUUGAAAGCUUGGUUAGUGUAUGUGAACAGUUUUAUUCGUUUUCUAUGAGAUUAAUACAGGCACCCAUUGAAAGCUUGGUUAGUGUAUGUGAACAGUUUUAUUCGUUUUCUAUGAAAUUAAUACAGGCACCCAUUGAAAGCUUGGUCAGUGUAUGUGAAGAGUUUCAUUCGUUUUCUAUGAGAUUACCAGAAUAAGGGUAAAACAAUUCCAUUUCAUGUCUUACUAUUAUUCAAAUUAACAUUAAAUUAGAUUAUUAGAGCAAAGAAAAAGUAGGUCAUCAGUCACUGUUGAUUUCCCAGUAAUUUAUUGCAAAUUUCCAUCAGCAUGUACAGAAACAAAAUUAUGGAUAUAAAUUUCAGAAUGAUUGAAAACAUUAUUUUAUAAAGAUGAUAAGAGAGAUAGUGUUAAAGACAUUGGAGGACUUAAAAACAUCCUGUAAGGUGAUGGUAAUGUAUUGAUUUAUUCCACAUUGUUCAAAUUCCUUUACACCAGGUCUUUGAGAGAUUUGUGGAUUUGUAUGCAUGUCCAUAGGUGUUAAAUUGAUAUCAAUGUGUUUACUUUAGUGCAAAAAUAUAUAAACACUGUCAUUCCCAGGGUUCCUGAUUCAUUGACCUGAGUGAAUUUCUGUUUGGUUAGGUUUUGUCAGCAGAUUAGUGUCAUAUUGCAGCCUUAAGCCAACCAUACCUUUUUUGGCCAGAUUGAUGUAAAUCUGUUUUCUUUAUAAGUAGACAAAAUACAUAUGUUGAUUGUUUUUCUUUGUUAAAAAAUCUGCAUUAUAAUUGUUUACAAAAUGGGUUCAUCAUGCUUUGUAGAGAAGAAAGCGAUGUGAAGUGGUGUGUGAUGCAGGCAUACUUUCCGGUACAUUUUUUUUUUCUGUGGAAGUACAGAAGCUUUAUUUCUUAUGUUAGCAAAAUUAUUUUUGCCAACCUUUACUUAGUUAAGUCUGGCAUGGAUUGCCAGUGUUAUGUAAGGGUAAUAGUUCAACUGUUGUGAAUUGUAGAGGAAAUUCGGGCAUUGCACUUGUACCUUGUAAUACUUAAGUAUUAUUUGACCCAGGGUCCUACAGAAGGUCCCAUUGGGGACAAUAAAAAUUGAAGCAGUGA